AUGAGUUUAAAAAUGAUGACCGAAACAUACCUUGCCGAUGACUCUUUUGAAUCCGAAGAAAAACUACAGAUGCUAUUCGAUGAAAGACACUUGAAGUAUCUUAAUAAGACAUUAGCGAAAUUACCCCCUAAAAAGAUUCUUGAAUGGGCCAUGGUUACUUUACCCGAUUUAUAUCAAAUCACUUCUUUUGGUCUUACAGGUCUUGUGAUUUUAGAUAUGAUAUCUAAAAUUAGUCAUGAAUAUGCCGAAGAAAACGAAAAAGAACCACACCAUUUAGUUCCACUUAUCUUUUUUGAUACCCUCUACCAUUUUCCCGAAACACUAUCACUCUCGGAUUAUGCUGCUUCUCACUAUAAAGCAGAAUUAAAAAUCUUUAAACCAUUUCAAUGUGAUACUGUUAGUGAUUUUGAACGUCUUUAUGGCACAAAACUCUGGGAGACAGACGAAUCUACCUAUGAUUACUUGGUUAAGGUUGAACCUUCAAGACGAGCCUAUAGAGAAUUAGGAAUUAAAGCCAUUAUAACUGGACGUCGUCGAAGUCAAAAAGGGGAACGUGAAAAUAUAGACAUUUUGGAAAUAGAAGAAAAAACUGGUUUGUUAAAGUUGAACCCUCUUGCUCACUGGGACUUCACAAAGGUUAUAACUUAUGUUCGUGCUAACGAGGUACCGUACAAUAAACUUAUAGACCAAGGAUAUCGAUCUAUUGGAGAUUGGCAUAGUACUAGGCCGGCCAAAGAUUCAUCGAGCGAACGCGAUGGAAGAUGGGAAGGAAAGAACAAAACAGAAUGUGGAUUACAUAAGGAUUAUUUCAAAAUGCGUGCAGCUUUCAUUGAAUCCCAAAAAAAGAGAUCUAAAUUAGAGAAAUCGCAAUCACUUUAA